AUGAUUGAGCGGAGAAUUGUCGUUUCCAUUGAUUUCGGGACCACCUACUCAGGCGUCGCCUGGGCAGACACCACCCGGCCCGAGAUUCAACACGUCCUGUCGAAUUGGCCUGGCGUCGGCUCUUUCAAGAGCAGUCCCAAGGUUCCCACCGAGCUUCGCAAAGUCGCUUCAGGGUGGCAGUGGGGCUUCCAGAUCCCGGAAUCUGCAAAGAGAAGUAGAUUCUUCAAACUAAAACUGGACGACGCAGACACCACGACGAGGGACGGCGAGUCGGCCGUAGACUUGACCAAGAUUUACCUAACAUGUCUUCACACGCAUUUCAUCAGUGUCCUCGAGAAGAGGCUGUCGCCAAGCAUAGUGCGAUCGACCCCCAUGGACUUCGUCGUGACGGUUCCCGCAAUUUGGUCGCAUGCUGCUAAGCAAGCAACCGAGAGGGCUGCCGCAAUGGCUGGGUUCUGCGGGAACCAAAGGAUACAGCUCAUAACAGAACCGGAAGCAGCAGCUCUGUACACGCUGAAGAACCUCAGUCCUGGCACUCUAAAAGUCGGUCGCAAAUUCGUCGUGUGCGACGCGGGCGGUGGAACCGUCGACCUAAUAUCCUAUGAAGUGUCACAAGUCGGCAAGCUAGAAGUGAAAGAGGUGACAGAAGGCACAGGCGGGAAAUGCGGCUCGUCCAUGCUGAACAUGCGAUUUCGACGGCACCUAAAACAAGCCCACGGGGACAAGUACUGGACUGACACCAGACUCGUGACUGCUCUGAACGACUUUGAGGCGUUCAAGAAGACCUUCAAUCCCAAAGGCGAGCCUCUCAGCAUCAAAGUCGACCCAAGCCUUGGGUUGAGACGCAACCGAUACACCAUGUCACAGGAAGACAUGAAGACCAAAAUCUUCGAGCCCAUCAUGAAGGAUGUGGUUUGUCUCAUCAAGGAGCAAAUAUCGAUGGCUGGUGACAAGGUCUCGGCUGUGAUUCUCGUCGGCGGCUUUGGGCAAAGCCGAUACCUCAAGUCCCAAGUACGCGAGGCCAUCAGCUCCAGUACGGAAGUCCUUCAACCAGAGAAUGGCUGGACCGCUGUGGUAAAAGGUGCCGCCAUUUAUGGCCUGGGUCAGUACCAGCCCGCCUUGACCCAAGUUGAGGUCGCGUCUCGCAUUGCAAGGAAAUCGUAUGGAACGUGCUUGUUGGCCAAAUAUGACAUGAUGAGACACAGUCCUAAGGAGGCGUUCUGGUCCGAGAAGGAACAAGAGAUGGUGGUAACCGAGAUGUGUUGGUUUAUCCGAAAGGGCGAGUCAUAUCUAGAGGGAAAGCCGUCGAGCAUCGAGUACCAGUGUGACGUCCCCGUGAUGCUCGGCCAUUCGCCUCAGACCGAGAUCGACAUCUACAGCAACGACGACGAUGAAAAGGCGCCAGUUCAUCUCAAUUCCACCACACUUUACGUGGGGACGCUCUCACUCAACUUGAGUAAGAUACCGAAGUCAGUGAAGCAAAAGGCGAAGAAGAGGCGAAUGGGCUGGCAUCGAUAUUACUGUUUGAGCGGAGCUAUCGAGGCCAGAUAUGGAUCAGCCAACAUCACAUACACACUGAAACUUGGAGGGGUGACGCAUGAUGCGAUCACCGUACGGUACGAAUAG